UUCUAGUUCUGGGACUUUCUUUUUCCUCAUCAUCACCUCCUUUUCUUGCUAAAUGAAUGCAUCCCUCUCUCUCUCUCUUCUCUCUCUCUCACUCAUUGAAGACAGAUCAUCUCUCAUGUGAGCAUCAAUCAGCCACACUCUUUUCCUCUCUUUUUAUCUGCUUUCUUCCAUUCAAUCACCUUUUGAGCUUCUCUUGGCUGUUACCAGUCAUUUCACUAAUUCAUUCCCUUUCUUUCCUCUUCCAUCUGUCCCCCCCAAAGCAUUUGGAAGACUCCACCAUCCUCUCUUGAAUUCUGCCAUGGCUAGUGAGACCACUGUUCUAUCGGACCAUUCUACUGCCCCCCCAGAGCAAGUUAAGAGGGUGAAUGAAGAGGCGAAAACUGAGGAACCGCCAACCCAGCCAACCCUUUCAUCUAAAUCAGAAGAAAAGAUAGAAGAGGAUAAGAAGAUUGAGCCUUCUCCAGCUGAAGAAGAUGUAAAGGGAUCUGAUGAUGAUGCUUCUGUUUGUGUUGAAGCUAAAUCAAACACAAUACUUAUCCCAGAAUCAGAGCAUCAACCAACAAUUGUUUCUGUUGAAAAACAACUACAGGAGGAGCAACCGGCAAGCGAAUCUGCUGGAAAGAAGCUGCAAGAACAACCGUCAGUGGAAGCUCUAGAGAAGCAACCAGACGAGCAGCUGAUGAGAAACGAUGCCCUUGAACAAUCAGCUGAAGAACGAGAAGCAGCUGUAGCGGAAGAUAUUAAACAUUCAGAGGCUGUGUCUACCAAGGAAGAAAUUUCGGGACCGGUUCUUGGUGUGGAAGACAAGCCACAAGAACAGCCUGAAGUGGCUGAACGAGUUGAUGACGUGAAGGCUGAAAUUGCAGCCGGUAAGAUGGAGGAUAUCGCGUUGGAAGAGGGGGAAACUGCUAAACAGGAACCUGUGCCAACUGAAAGUUCAGACCAAAUUAAAUCUACCGAUAUGGAAGCUCACGAUGACACAAAUGGAGAUGGAAGGGAAAAUGCUGUUGUCUCAGAACAUACAGAUGCAGAUAAUGAAGGGAAAGAAUUGAAUCAAACCAAUCUAGUAGAAGGGCUAGUGGAAGAGCAAGCUGUGGAACCAAAGGCUGAAUUGGGGAGCGAGGAAAAGAAUGUUGAAACUGAAGAAGAGAAAAGAGUCAUAGUUGAGGAGUCCCAGGAGCCUAAAACAAACAACAAUGGGGAGGUGAAUAGCUCCAUUUCCACGCUUGAGGUCAGUGAAAAAUCUCUGGAAGGAGAGGAUUCUUCAAGAGACAUCGAUCUGGUUGCUGAAAAUGGAACGGAGAUAGUAAAAGAUGGGAUUGCUGAUACGUCAGUUGAUGCCAAGAAAAGUGGACAGGCGGAUGGAAAGGUUGAAGAGCCCCAGAAACCAAGGACAGAAGUGAAAGGAGAGGAAACUGUACAGACUGGAGAGGCUAACUUGGAGAAGGAAAAUGAAGAUGGCAAGAAUGCAAAACCUGAUGCUCCAGCUUCAGAGUUCAAGGAUCAUGACGACACAAAAGCUUCAGAAGAACCUGCUAAAGAAGAGGCUCCAGCUGAACCUGCUUCAAAACAAUCAAACAACCUUAUAGCAAAGGUAAAGAAAUCACUCGUGAAGGCAAAGAAAGCUAUCAUUGGAAAGUCGAAGAUGGUUUCUUCAGGAACCAGGAGUAGUGAUGUCAAGACAAAUAAUUCACCAGGACAAUGACCCAAAAAUAGAAAAAUGCAAGGAUUUACAGAGCCUGGUACCUUUCCUUGUUGCCUCAUGUAUAGUCCAUUUGUUUGAUUGAGCAGUGUAUGUUGUUUGCUGUGUUCCAUUUAGCUUGCGUGUGUGAGUAGUUGAUGUUUGUUACAUAGACCAUAUAUCUUCAUGAUUUGUUCAAUUCUUUGAUGUUUUCUGAUUUCAUUCAAGUCCCGUGUGUAUAAUUUGUGUUUUUAUGCUGUCAGUGAUGAUCAAUAAACAAGAUCUUUUCAA